AAAUCCAUACGUGUUUAGGUCCCAGCAUGUGCUAAUAUGCUCCGCUCUGAUGACACUUUUCGUUUCUAAUAAUAGAGCAGAUGAAGUAAUAUUUGCAAUUGAUGUUCCGGAGCAUUUGAUUGGAUAAGUGUAUAAACUGUAGGGGCGGGGGGGGGGGGGGAGGGGGGGGCUUGGAUUGAUGGAUCGCAUUAGUAUUCCUGUCCUAUCAAUGGACUGGGUUGCUAACAACGUCAGUCUGCCAGAUUCCCUGCGUCUACCAGUCCCGCCACGGGUCCAUUUGGGAUCCUCAAACAGAACAGCCCUUAGAGACGGGAUCCAGGCAAGCCAUUAGUCCCGAGGCCAGCUCGAAGGACAGACGGUCCUCUCAGGUCUGGGAAAGGGGGGAGGGAAGGAGGAGGCUGAAGAAACAAGUGCCGCUGCGGGAAGACACAAAAGCUGGAGCGACUCUUCUCCUUCCCCCCCUCCUCCCUUUCCACCCCCCGCUUCCUCCCCUCUACCCUUGCAGCUCAGGCUUUGAAAGCUGAUCCCCCUUCUGAAUGGAAACUCUGAACUGCCAGGCACUGUCGUCCUCGCCUCGCCUCCAGGUCCAUGCCGAGAGGAAGGCUCAGCGAUCCGCCGGCGCCAGGCUGCCCCUGCAGGGGCUGAGAUGCUGCUGAAGGCAACUUGACAUCCUUCGUCCGCGCCCGUAGUGGGAGCGAUGCUGCAAAGCACAGCGCCCGCUCGCCCAGCUCUCCUUCAAGCUGAAGGUUACCAGCAGCCGCGGCCGACGCCGCUACUGUGAGCGUCCAGGGAGAGGGACUCUGGCCGCCUCCUUGGCCGUGGUCCUCGGCGCGGUGGAUAGCUCUGGCCGCGCCUGCUGGGGAUCCGGGCAGCCCAGCCGCAGCUUCGGCUUGGUGGAUGUGUCUGCAUGAGUUCUGCACCGAAUGGGCGCAAAAAGCGCCCGGGCCGCUCCACUCGCUCCUCGAUCUUUCAGAUCAGCAAGCCGACGCUGCCGAGCGGGGACUGUGAGCGCAGGGGCAGCGGCUCCGAGAGCGCCCACAAGACCCAGCGAGCCCUGGACGACUGCAAGAUGCUUGUCCAAGAAUUCAAUACCCAAGUGGCCCUGUUUCGAGAGUUAGUCAUUUCUAUUGGGGAUGUCUCAGUCAAUUGUCCAUCUCUAAGGGCGGAAAUGCACAAGACCAGAACCAAAGGAUGUGAGAUGGCCAGACAGGCCCAUCAAAAACUUGCUGCAAUCUCGGGCCCAGAAGAUGGUGAGAUUCAUCCGGAAAUCUGCAGGCUUUACAUCCAGUUGCAGUGCUGCUUAGAAAUGUACACCACGGAGAUGCUAAAAUCCAUAUGUCUGCUAGGAUCUCUUCAGUUUCAUCGGAAAGGAAAGGAGCCUGGAGCAGUGAUCAAGAGCUCGGAAUGCAAAACUGAUGAGGGUCCCGAAGUCCCCAUUCUGGAGGAUACUCUGUCUUCAGCAGUAGACAUUCAGCACCAUUCCUGGCAGGUUUCCACGGAUAUUGAGAAUACUGAAAAAGACAUGCGAGAAAUGAAAAACCUUUUAAGCAAACUCAGGGAGACUAUGCCUUUACCAUUGAAAAAUCAAGAUGACAGCAGCCUCCUGAACCUGACUCCUUAUCCACUAGUUAGAAGACGGAAGAGAAGAUUCUUUGGUCUAUGCUGCCUCAUCUCAAGCUAGAUAAUGUCCCACAAAACUCCCCCAUGAAAGCCAGAACAUCAAAGAAAUAGAUGUCAUUUGCUCUCCAGAUGGAUAAACCACACAGUUAUUGGUUAUUGACCAUGUUUUCUAUACUUCCCUCUUAAUUUUCUUCCUUCCCUGUUCAAAAGUCUUAUACUUUAAUUACUGUCUAGAACCAGAGAGAGAACAGAUUAAAAAUGGAGGAUGUUUUUAAAGGGAUUUUUUAGAUGACCUAGUGCAUGUCUGCUCUAAACCAUACAAUGACUAGAUGCAAGAAUUAUGAUUUUAAAGUUAUUCUAAGUUUUUUAUGUAUUGUAUAAAUUUCAAAUGAUUUCAUGUACAGUAGCAUAAUUAUAGCUCUUACUAGUCUCAUGUUAAUACUUUAUCAUAUAUGAAAAGAGUCUUUAAACAUAGAAAUCUAUUUAAAAUUACAAAACAGUGUUCGAGGUCAACGUUAUUAAAUCACUAGAAGUAAUAUCGUUAAGAAAACCUAUACUGACUCCUCUCCUAUUGCUUUCUCUGCUGUCAUUCAUGUCUAGUCUUCCACUCUGUCAGAAUUUAUCCAAGAGCUUCAAAAUAUAAAUAUCUUAAUUUGUAAUGCUAAAAAAUAUAUGGAGGCUAUUAAAAAUUUGUAAAUACACAAUAAUCCUGAUAUCUUCGUACAAUGCAUAUGAGCAUAUGAGUAACUAAUUUCCUUUUGAUCCAAUGAUGUCUUUUUUCAAUUUCUUGGAGAAUGGCAUAAUUCAGUUAGGAAAUGAUGUAGUCAACUAUACAAUUACCCUCAAAUAUAAAAUGAAGUUAUUAUCACAUUUCAUUUUAAUUGAAAUUCGAAGCAUGGUGUCUGCACAUCAGCAUAGUGUUAACUCUUCUAGGGCAUGCUGGAAUUAGCUCAGAUUGUAAAAUAUUUAACAUUUUACAUUGUUAAUAAAAUUUUUUUAGUUAAGCAAAGCCUGUCUUAUUUUAGAUGACUAUUGAGAUAAAAAAUCCCCUGACUCUGCUUAGUGAGUGGUCAUAUCAUUAGGAAAUACACAUGGGAUUUGAAGUCAGAGGAAUCUGAUUCAUACCCUGAUUCUACUGCAUACUCUUCUGGUGACUGACCUUGGGCAAGUCAGUUAUCAUCUUUAGACCUCAGUUUCCUCAUCUGUAAAAAUGGAGAGGGAAUGAUAGACUGUAUGACUUUCCAGCUGGUUGGUCCUUUCCAGAUCUUUCAUCUAUGAUUUAAUUAUUCUGUAAACUUUUGGAGAGAAAGAAUGAAGCAGUAUUAUGGAUAGGGAGGGGGGAAAUUUUUCUGAACCUCCUCCCCAUUAUCACAGUUUGAAGUCUACCAUUUUUCACUGAUUUCUUUUUGGCCCUCUUCCCAGAAAAAAAAAAAAACAACUCCUUUUGAAUUAAAAUAUCAGGUCCUUUUUACCUCCAGUCCCUUAUUUUCUGGGUUUGGAAUUUUUUUAAAGAGGUAGGAAGUGUAGACAAGAGGCAGCAUUGUUUAUCAUUCUACAGGAAUGGUAUUGCUCCAUCAUUGUGAAAAACUAGAACCAUAUACCACAUUUUCCAAGAUAGUCUCUGAUCUAACCCUGUGCUUCUCUGUCUCUGUCUAUCUCUUCAUCUGUCUCUCUCUGUCUGUCUCUGUCUCUCUCUCUGUCUCUCUCUCUGUCUCUGUCUCUCUGUCUGUCUCUGUCUCUGUCUCUGUCUCUCUCUCUCUCUCUCUCUCUCUCCCUCCAUCCCCUCUCUAUCAAUUAAAGUUUUGUUGAUAUCUUUUGUUUCUUUAUGGAGCCUUUUCCUGAAUGUACCACACCAUCUUUAGAAUUCUCCCUGGCAACCAUGAAAACUAGUUAAGCAAAACCAAAUGAUGCAAUAUGCCAUACUUGUAAUCUCCUACAUUCUCUAUGAGAAAUGGGAAUUAGGUUUCACUAUCUGUUUUCCAGCACCCUCUAUUUCAACCCCUAAUGUUUGUUGUUAUGUACUUAGGUCUUUGUUCCUCCACAGAAGUCUUCCAUGGACUCAGGGUAGUAUAAAGUUGAUCCUGCAGGUUAUGCCAAAGGAGUGAACCUUUCUAUAUGUCUGUUGAGCCUGACUAUGUGUCUAUUAAGCCUGACUAUGUGUUUAUUAUGUAAGAAUGAUCAAAACUCACUUUAAAGAGGUCUCUAAACAAUGACUGACCAUCUGGUAAUAAAUCUGUUUUUUUUGGUCAAACUA